AUGACCAAACUCAUCGAACGAGUAGGUCUUGAUAUUGCUUUGGAGGUGCUUGAAUUCGAAAUUGCACAUCUAUAUGCAAUGAAGUCUCUAAUCGAAGAGGAGAAAAUCAACUGUGACUUCACCCUCACCAGGUCCAUCGACGUAUGGUGCAACAAAGAAGCCGCCUUCAAAGCCAAGGUGAUGUUUGACAUGCUGCGCUCCCGGAAUUUGAAUUACAUGAAGGAUGUUCUCUUCGUGCUCGGCAAAGAUGCGGAAAGAAUUUCUGGUGUCAAGGGAGCCAAAGCAUGUGCUUCUUUCACGGCUGGAACUCUCUGGCCGUAA